GGAAUGGGGGUAGGGAGGGAGGAGUGUGUAGGAGAAUCCCAGGCACUGUACGUAGCGUAAGCAUGGAGAAAGAGAGAGAGGAGGAGGCACACUGCUCCUCUGUACUCCAUUUCUCUUCUCACCUUUUGACAUCUGUCCUCUCUUCAUUUGCUCCCAUUCAUUGCAUCUCCCCCUCUCUCUCUCUCUAUAUAUAAAUUCUCUCCCUUUCUAUUUCUCUCUCUCCCUCUCUCCCAAUCCCAAACAAUCAUCUACUUACAUAACAACACAUACAUAUAGAGAGAGAGAGAAAGAAGAGAGAGAGAGAGAUGGGUCCAUAGUCCUCUCUCUUCUGCAUAUAUUCAAAUUCAAAGCUUUUUCGUCUUGGACACGAUCCGGUUCUGCCGCCUCUCUCUCGCUCUAUCUCUCUCUACAAAUCCAUGGAAAUGGAGGACCAGUACGGUAUACCCGAUCUCAGGCAAUACAUGAACGCAAGGAAUCAUUUUCCGGCGAUCCCACCACCUCCAGACCUCUUCUCCGGCCACCGUAAUCUGACUGAAACCCACCACCACCACCACCACCCCUACGACAUGGUCAUGGUGCCUCGAAGCCUUCAUCAUCACGAGUUUCCCUCUGAUUCCACCACCACCACUGCAGCCGCCGCCAGCGUAGAGAUGGAGGUUGGCGGAGGAGGAGGAGGCUUUGGAGUCGACGGUGGUGGAACUGGAAGGUGGCCUAGACAAGAGACUCUCACUCUUCUUGAAGUCAGAUCUAAGCUUGAUUCUAAGUUCAAAGAGGCUAAUCAAAAAGGUCCUUUGUGGGAUGAAGUCUCCAGGAUAAUGUCUGAGGAACAUGGGUAUCAAAGAAGUGGCAAAAAAUGCAGAGAAAAAUUUGAAAAUUUGUACAAGUAUUACAAGAAGACAAAGGAAGGUAAGGCUGGUAGGCAAGAUGGCAAACACUACAGAUUCUUUCGGCAACUUGAUGCUCUCUAUGGUGAUAAUAAUACCACCCAACCAGUUUCAGCCUCAGAAACCCACCUUGUAGGAAACAAUUUUGAAUUCCACAAUGCAACCAACAACAAUGCACAAGCAAACCAAGAAUGCUUUCAGGCUCCAAAGCUCUGUGAUAGCCUCAGCCUCUCAAACUCCUCUGAAUUCGAUUCUUCUUCCUCAGAUGAUGACAACAAUUCGAUGGAGAAGAAGAAGAAGAGAAGAGGUAGAAGGAGCUGGAAGGCAAAGAUAAGAGACUUCAUUGACUCUCAGAUGAGGAAGCUAAUGGAGAAACAAGAGGAAUUGCUGGAGAAGAUGAUGAAGACACUCGAACGAAAGGAACAAGAGAGGAUGUCGAGAGAGGAAGAGUGGCGGGCGCAAGAGGCGGCUAGGAUUGAGAGAGAGCACAAGUUUUGGGCUAACGAGCGAGCGUGGAUCGAAGCUCGCGAUGCCGCUUUAAUGGAGACUUUGCAGAAGGUUGCAGGAAAAGAAGUGAAAGUUUCAUCUCAACUUCAAGAGGAGCUAAUUGGAGCUGAGCUUCAAAGCCUUGGCGAAAACCUGAAUGAGAAUGGAAGUGAAACAAUUACCAGCUGGCCUGAAUGUGAGAUUACAAAGCUAAUGCAAUUGAGAAACAGCAUGGAAUCAAGGUUUCAACAAAGUAGUUGUUCAGAGGAUGUUCUUUGGGAGGGAAUAGCAGCCAAGAUGUCAUAUUUGGGGUAUGAUAGGAGUGGUUUGAUGUGCAAAGACAAGUGGGAUAGCAUUAAUUGUUUAAGGGAAAGAAAAGACUGUAACAAGAAAAGGAAAGAGAAUUCAAAGAGCUGUUGUUACUUUCAGAAUAGUGAAUCAGUAGUACACAAUCAAGGAAGAGCCUAUAUUGAAACCAAUGAACAAGGGCCAGAAAUAACAACAACAAGGGUUGGGUCCAAUGAUGGCAAUGCCACCAUGCAUGAUAGCUGCUUGAGGUUCUUGGUUGGUAUUGAUGGGGACAACAUGUGGGACAAUUAUGGUUUGAAGCUUAGCAAGGGAGAGAAUCACUAAUCAAGUUAACUUGUUGCACCAUGGGUUCAAAUAACAGUAUUGGGUUUGUAUAUAGACAAUAUCCACUGAUAUAUCAGUGAAUAUUGGUAUUGAAAAUCUGAAAUCCUGAUACGAACUGGAUAUUCAAAAACAAGUUGGGGAGAGGAAGUGAUGACUUUAUCAAAGGUAAGAGAUUUGACUGAGUUUCCAUUAGAUGGGAUGGUGACUAAUGUGUGUUUUGUGCAGGUAGCUAACUGGUGGUUUAGGGUUCUAUGUAUAGGCAUUGGUGUUUCAUUUCAUGGGUUUAAUAGAUGAUAGAGACAUUAAGGUAAACAAAUGGGUGUUUUAUUUAAUUCUUCUUUUUUUGUGGAGUUCAAUGGGAAAUGGUGGUUGUAGUGUUGUUGCUCU